GAAUCUCAAUGCAUUGUUUUCGGGGACAUGAAGCGCAUAGCCUCGUCGCUGCGAUAUGUAUCACGGGGUUUGUCGCAUGGGUCAGGAUAGGGUUGCAAAAUACAGCAGAACAGGGUCAAUACUCCGGCACAGAGCAAGAAUGAGGAGAUCAUAUGGAUUGCAAUCAGACAGCGCACGUUGGCAGGCGAGAGGAGGUCCAAGUUCGCGACGAGAAAAGGGCGAACUCGGUUAGCGCGCCUUCCCAGGAUGCCGAGCCACUAGCGCCGACCGGCGCACACACAACUUUCGAAAUCGCCCUCUUUCCCUCGAACUCGCUAAAGCAAACGACAACACCCAUCGACGAGCCCCCCGACAAGCCGCCAUCAUGUCGCUCGUCACCGGAGAGAAGUCGAACUUCCAGUACAUCAUCCGUUUGUUGAACACGAACGUCGAUGGAAAGCAGAAGGUCAUGUACGCCAUGACCAAGAUCAAGGGUGUCGGUCGCCGGUACUCCAACUUGGUCUGCAAGAAGGCCGAUGUCGACCUCGGCAAGCGUGCCGGUGACCUCACCUCCGAAGAGCUUGAGCGUAUCGUCACCAUCCUCCAGAACCCCCUCCAGUACAAGAUCCCCACCUGGUUCCUCAACAGGCAGCGCGACAUUGUCGACGGCAAGAACUCCCAAAUCCUCGCCAACGGUGUCGACUCCAAGCUCCGUGAGGAUCUUGAGCGCUUGAAGAAGAUCCGUGCUCACCGUGGUCUCCGACACUACUGGGGCCUCCGUGUGCGUGGUCAGCACUCCAAGACGACUGGUCGCCGCGGUCGCACUGUCGGUGUCUCCAAGAAGAAGGGAUAAAUGUUUUCGCUUUCGCUGGGCAGCUGGGGCUUUGUGUGGUGCGGGAACAAGGCUUCUUCGGGUGGGGAGGUGCACUCACGGUGUUACAAAGGGC